AUGGCAACAACCAUUCAAAAUGAAAGUAAAAAUACAGAAAGAGAAAAGGCAAAUUUACUUAAUUUGAUUAAAUUAACACUGAAUACAUUAAUUGAUCAAUCAUCAUCGCCCAGUGCAAUACCAAUUCUUGACGAUCGUAAUACUGAUAUAACGAAUUUUAUUCUAGUACUUGAACGAAUUCUCAGUUUUCGUAUGCGAGCAAGUUGGUUAACCGAUCGAACUUAUUUUUGGGAUUUUAUUCGACCAGCAUGUAUUGGUUCUUGUCGAAAACCUAUCAUUGAACGAGUUGAAGAAAUAUCAAAUUCUCGUAAUUCAAAAGAUAAAGGUCGAGCAUGGCUCAAAUUAGCAUUAAUGGAGAAGAAACUUUCUGAACUUUUAAAACUUGUCAUUUCUGAUUGUCAUCUUGUUCGAAAAUUCUAUCAUGAUGAUUCAAUAAUGACAUCAUCGCAAGCAUUUAUCAUAUGUGAUCAAUUAGCUGCAUUAAAUGCCAUUGAUUUCAGUUUUUGUUUCAAACAAGAUAAUCUAAUACUUGCUCCUCUUCUAUUAAAUGAUUCAGAAAUUGAUGUUAUUGAUUUAACACCAUUUUUAUGUUACAAAUCCAAACAAAUUAAACAAGCAUUGAAAGAUCAAAAUAGUAAUGAAGAAAAUAAACAACCAUCACCAAAUUUAGCAUCUAUGAAUGAACAGAAUUUAUUGAAUUCAUCGCAAGGUGAAGUAUUAUCAAUAGAAAAAUAUAAACUUGAAGUUGAACAACGAAAAUACUUUGAAGAACUUUUACGACAUCGUGAUCGUGAAUUACAACAAUUAAAAAUUCGUUAUGAUACAUUAAAAAGUGAACGCGAGAGAGAAAUCGUACAAAUGGAGAAUAUUAUUCUUGAACUUCAACUUGAAUUACGAACAGCUCGAGAUGACAUUGAAUUUCGACGUAGGAAAUCACUACAACCAGGUUCAAACUCACCACCGAAAAAUUCUUCUCAUUUAAAUAAUCAAAAAAUAAAUUCACCGCCAACACCAACAAAUGAUCAAACGAAAAUACGAACACCUGAAUCUGUAGAAAAUACUGAUUCCAAACAAUCGAAUGAUUUAAUUUAUUCAUCAUCUAGUCGUUCAAGUCAUUCUACAACAACAACAAAUACAGAUGAUGAUCAAUAUGAUCUUGCUCGUCAAUUACCAUCAAAUACUAAUCAUAAAGUUACUGAAAUGAAAUCAAUAUCAAGUCCAGAAAUGAUUUCAUCAGCAACUUCCCUUUCAAUUUCAUCUACGGAUGAAGAAGAACAACGAAUGCAAACAGUAACUACAACUACGCCAGAGGAUUCUAGUCAAACUCAAUCUAAUGAAAUACCAGUUGAAUAA